AUUGCCCAGAAAGGCAUAGUGAAGUUCUGGGAUGAGUUUGGAUACCUUUCUGCUAGCUGGUCUGCACUGCCAUCAUCAGAGCUGAGAUACAAGAGACGCAGAGCCAUAGAGAUACCAAUUACUAUUCAGUGUGAUAAAUGUUUAAAGUGGAGAACAUUGCCGUUCCAGAUGGACACUGUAGACAAACGCUACCCAGACAGUUGGGUUUGUCUCAUGAAUCCUGACAGCAGUCAGGACAGGUGUGAUGCCCCUGAACAGAAACAGAAUUUCCCUGUUGGUGUUCUGAAAAAAGAAAAGAAAACCAGCACCAUCAAAUCUGCAGCAGAUGUCAAAAAGCUACUACUUAACGUCAGCAUGAAACCAACCGAGAGUUCUUCUAAGGUCUUAAAAAAUUGAAAGAUUCUGUAUAUUUCAGGUAAAACUGCUGCUGGUUAUGAUUUUUUCCCCUU